AUGGACGACACCGAGACAUUCACUCUUCUCCCUAUCACAAUCGAUCCCACCUCAAAAGCCAUAAUCACAUCCUCCAAUUCCCGGCCACUGAAACAGCAACUAUCAUCUCUCAACGAGCUACACAAGACACUCCUCACUCUCGAAUCACCAGUACCUCCUCCACCUGUUCCAGUCAACCCCAAACGCUCCUCCCAGAUCACGAAACUCCGAGAAUCAGGCAAUGCAUCAUUCCGCGCAGGCAAGCAUGCCGAAGCGAUUAGAAUGUACGGACUGGGUCUACAGAUGGCGCUAGGAAGACCUCUAUGGGAGCCCUCUGGGCUAGUUCGAGACGAGGUUGCUGGAUUGUAUGCGAACAGAGCACAGGCACAUAUGGCGUUAUCGAAUUGGGCUGAGGGGUCGAUCGAUGCAGAGGCGAGUGUGGAGGCUAAGAAGGCUGGUAAUGCGAAGGCAUGGUGGAGGAAAGGAAGGUGUCUGAUUGAGAUGGGACGUCUGGAUGAGGCAAAAGAGUGGAUUGGUCGAGGUCUGGAGAUGGAGGGUUCGGAGGCUGAUUUGGUGGGCUUGCUGAAGGAGAUUGAGCAGAAGUUGGUGGCAAAGAAGAACUAG